AUGGGUCUUAUCUCGAAGUUAAGAGGGUUGGACGGGGAGUCUUCGUUCUCAACUUACCAUUUACACCUGGCUCAGAUGUCAACUGACCAGCGAGAGCUCGAGCACAAUCGGCUCUUGGUAAAAAUGGAGGGUCCCGAAGAUGAGAUUCUCCUGAAGACCUCGCCUUAUGACCCCUGUCCCACAGUUGACAACUGGCUAACAUUGAGAUCUACUCCGACAUCUGAAUCUAUGGUGCCUCUUCGAUACUCAGGCUAUAGUGAUCCAUGGACUGCCACUGUGACUUUUCCUGAGGCGUAUGAGCUUGACUCUGCUCACAUUGCACAAUCACAUGCACAAGCCAAAAGAUUGCCACAAAGCUCCUACCAUCUUUCUUCUUUCUACUCUGCUCCACUUUCAAAUAUCCCCGCUAUAAUCAACACUUCAUCAAAUAUGGAUCAUCUAAGUCCUCGUCCAGACCACCAUGAGGUUGAAGAAGGUCUAAACUGGCAAACUGAAGCACCCUUGUUGAAUCAGCAAUACCUGAAUCGUCAGAGCUUCGAUAGACCUAGUCAGGCCACAUCAGUGUCAUCAUCACCCAUCUCAAUGUCUUCACAAUAUUCUGCAGCACACCCUAUGGAAGGCCUGAGCCCAGCUACUGCUCCGGUCGAUGAGGAAGAACAGGUUUCGGAUCUUCCCUACUCGCACUUGAUCUACCAGGCCUUGGAAUCCAAGCCUGACAAGAGGAUGCCCCUCCAGGAAAUAUAUUCCUGGUUUGAAAAGAAUACGAACAAGGGUGGCAGGGACCACAAAGGCUGGCAAAACAGUAUCCGUCAUAACCUAUCUAUGAACGCUGGGUUUGAAGCCAUUAGAGAAGACGGGAACGGCAAAAGAACAGUUAGCUACUGGCGUCUCACAGAUGAGGCCAUUCGAAAUGGCAAAGUCCAAUCAACCACCCGCUACCGAAAACCUGGGCCCAGAAAGGCAGGCCCAGAAUCCUCUACUCGUCUGAGUGGUAUCAAGACUGGAAAGGUUCUCAAAAUUUCGGCUAAAGGACGCCAUACCACGGAGAGAUACUGCCCGCCUAUACACCCCCAACGACCAUCUCAGCCCCCUGUGUUGAAUCCUCGCUUUUCUGGCUCGUGUCUACCGCACUACCCUAUUGCUCAUAUGCCGCCUGUGGCUAGUCCUGCACAAGUCCGCACAUUUGACUUGGGCACUGUUGUCGGCUGUAGGAGUCCCCCACCCGGACCGGCGGGACCGGAAUAUGCUACGUGUGAUAUUGCCCGUAUGGGGUGCUGGUAUGCAAUGGCCUCGGGUCCUAAUAUUAGUGGGCCCAUCACCGGUACUGAUGGUCUCUCAGAUAUCCAGCUUAUCUAG